CUACCUGGGAAGCUAUGGAUGACUACCCAAAAUCUUCUCCUAUGCGUACAUGGAGGAGAUCAUAGCUCCAUCUCUAUAUAUGACCCUAUUCCUCCAUGCACCCAUUCCAAGUCUCACCACAUAGAGAUACAGUUCCGUAUAGCUAGAGCAGAGAGGCAACUGAUCUGUCUUGCUUUGUUUCUUUCUACAACAUGCGAAACCUUAACUUUUCGAAGCCCAGGGAUGCAAAAGUUCCCCUGACAGAGGAGCAGCUGAGGGCUUUCUUCAAAAAGCACGACACCAAUGGCGACGGCCAGCUCGACAGAGGAGAGCUCCGGAAAUCCUUUAAGGACCUCGACGCUUUUUUCCCCUCCUGGAGAGCUCACUGGGCGCUCCAUCACGCCGAUGCGGAUGGCAACGGCCGCGUCGACGAAAAGGAGAUGGGAGAUCUAGUGAAGUAUGCUGCGAGCUUUGGGUAUACCGUGAAGUAGUAGUAGCAGCUGGCUGCUUGGAUGGGUGGCUACAGCUAGCUGCUUGCCUGCUUGCUACACCUUCUCUUAAUUAAUUAACCUGAUUAUAUAUGCAGCACUUGGAUAUAAUAACUCAAGCCUAAUCGGCUAGCAUGCAUGUAUGCUUUUAUGUAUAAUAAAUAUUGUCUUCGAGUUGUCUAA